UCGCCCCGGACACGCAGAGGAGACGCGUCGUGCUCCUCCUGCCUCUCUCGCGCGCGCGGUGAGCUAGUAGCGAGCGAGUGGUUUGAUCGAGCAGCGAGCGAGCUUCAGGACGCGCGCGAUGGCCUUGCAGGUCGCCGGCGGCGUGGCCUGCCGUUGCCCUCCUGCGCUCCCCGGCGGCGGCGAGCGGCGGGCGCGCGGCCGCACGCCCCGCGCGGUGGCGUCCGGCGCGGCGGCGGCGGUCGAGGAGGGCGAGGGCAAGGUGCGGCUGGGCGGGUCCGGCGUCGCCGUCACUAAGCUCGGCAUCGGCGCCUGGUCCUGGGGCGACACCACCUACUGGAACGACUCCGAGUGGGACGAUAGGAGACUGAAGGAGGCACAGGAGGCGUUCGAUGCGAGCAUCGACAACGGGAUGUCCUUCUUCGACACAGCAGAAGUGUACGGUACAGCGCUGAUGGGAGCAGUCAACUCUGAGAGUUUACUAGGAGGAUUCAUCAAGGAAAGGCAACAGAAGGAGCAGAUUGAGGUCGCUGUCGCAACAAAAUUCGCUGCCCUUCCAUGGAGAUUUGGCCGAGGAAGCGUUCUUUCUGCACUCAAGAAAUCGCUAGACCGUCUUGGCCUGUCCUCAGUGGAGCUCUACCAACUUCACUGGCCAGGGAUAUGGGGGAAUGAAGGUAGAUAUCAAACGCAACAUACCCUUGGCAAAAUCAAAUCCGAUUGCCUACUGUGCUUUCCAAUAUCGAAAAGCUCAUUGGAAAUUGGAAUACCAAUGUUUAUCAUGAUCUCUUAUAUAUAUAAUAUAUAUAUAGAGAAGCGCCUUCGGGAUGCACAUGCACGCCUGAAGAAGAGGGGUGUUCCACUUGCUGCAAACCAGGUGAAUUACAGCCUGAUAUACAGAACUCCGGAGUUGAAUGGUGUGAAAGCAGCUUGUGAUGAGCUCGGCAUCACCUUGAUUGCCUAUUCCCCAAUAGCCCAAGGUGUUCUGACAGGGAAAUACACUCCAGAAAAUCCCCCUACUGGCCCACGAGCAAAUACAUACACUCCUGAAUUCCUCACCAAGCUCCAACCACUUAUGAGCAGGAUCAAAGAGAUUGGAGCAAGCUACGGCAAGAGUCCAACCCAGGUGUCUCUGAACUGGCUGACCUGCCAGGGGAACGUGGUGCCGAUCCCCGGGGCCAAGAAUGCUAGCCAGGCCAAGGAGUUCGCCGGCGCUCUCGGGUGGAGCCUGACUGGCGACGAGGUCGAAGAGCUUCGAACUCUGGCGCGCGAGAUCAAAGGCAUCAAGAUGCCCAUCGAAGAGUCAUAAAUUUUCUGCAUUUCAUCCUCCAAUGGUAUAUCGCUGAUAGGAGAUUAACGUUUUUAAGAGAGAAAAAAAUGCUAUGAUGCAGAAAUGAACAGAAGUUGCAUACAACAUGUGUAAGUAGCAAAUGGUAAUUGAUGCCCCCACAUCCACAUCGGUGAAUCAUUGAUCACCUGUAUUAUAUCCCUGUCAGAACACCUGUAUAUCUAUGUAAGUAGCAAUCGGUCUCACGCCUGGGCCAUUGAUGA